CGCUUACACCUUUGCUCACCAAUUUCUGCCACUUAGAACCUCUUCAAGGGCAAGAAUAAUUCUCAAGAAUAAAGCCCAGUGGAUUGCAGAACGAUUCUUCAGUAUAGGGCGGCUGAGGCUCAGAAAAGAAAAACCGCUUUCGUUAAUAUCAUCAGUUCUGUUCUCUUAGCAGUUGUUUAAAUCUCGUAUCAGAACCGCACGGUCCAAUUUUCCCGUGUACUUGUCAGAAUUGUCUUCUGUGCCGCCAGAGGGUGUACAAUUCAGGUUUUAGGAGACAAGAUUUUAAAGCAGAACUGAGAUAAUUUCUAAUGAGUUCACAAGUUAAAUCAAGUUGUAGAGACCAAAUAUAUUAUGUGAACCAUAAAUGUAAAGCUGCGAUGUGAUGUAACAUCUAAUUGCGCAAAGAGCCAAUUAAGAAUCAAAUUGCUUUUGGAGGAUGGAUCUACUAUUAUUAGUUGUUAUUAUAAAUUUCUUGUUGAAGUAUAGCCUCCUCAAAGAUGGCAUACAUAAAUUUGUCCCUCACAUGUUUUAUUUUUGUCCAUAAUAUAGAUUGACAUUCCGCCAUCUCCUGUCAAGUUAAGCCGAGACAUACAUAGGCGCUGCUACUAGUCUUGCACUAUAUAAGGAGCUGCGGGUUCCUCUGUUAAGGCUUUCUAUCACUGAGUUAUGGCCACAGGAAAACCAGGAUACUUACCGAGGAUGGAGUAGAUAUUAAAGGACUUCUGCAGUUCAAUCUGCUGUGCAAGUCUUUGACGAGAAUAAUAACUUCUUUUAGUGCAGAAGUGAUUCUUUCCCACUUAUACGCUCUCAGGACUCGCAUCUGUAGCUCCCCACUCAAGCACAUACUCUUCACAGUCAGGGUUCACUCAGGCGUGCGAGGCUUAAUCUGCAGAAGAAACUUCUGAAUUUUCUUUCUUGGGGAUUCGUUGGUGAAUUAAUGACGAAAUUUAAGUGAAGCCUAGAACGAAGGAUUAUUUGGCUCCAAUGAAUAAGAAUUGGGAAGCGGCACUUCCAUCUCACGAGGGAAUAACCAUGGGAGCUCCACAUACCCUUCCAGUUUCUGUUUCAUAUCAGAAUGCAGAGGAUUUGCUGAACAAAACUUGUAUGGAAAAUAAUUUAUCGUCCCUGCAAGCCAGACAAAUGGACUGGCCGGAAUUGAUAGAGCAAUAUGAUUGGAGCGAUCUCCUUGUCGGGGAUCCUGUUAUGAAUAUUCCAAAGCCUUCAACUACAGAGUCUGCUGCACCACCUCUGACGCAGUCACAACAACAUUUCUUUCCUUCUUCAAUGGGAACUCAUUUUAUUGCAAGUUCCACUCCAGGUGGACCUGGGGCUUCUAGUAAGCCACGGCUGAGAUGGACACCGGAGCUCCAUGAGAAUUUUGUAGAAGCAAUUAACAAACUUGGUGGCGCUGAGCGGGCAACUCCGAAGGGCAUUUUAAAGCUGAUGAAUGUGGAGGGUUUGACAAUCUAUCAUGUAAAAAGCCAUUUGCAGAAAUAUAGGAUCGCAAAGUAUAUUCCAGAUUACACAGAUGGAAGCACGGAGAAAGCAAGAAAUGUGCACAAUGACAUCUCAUCAUUGGAGUUGAAAACUGGUAUGCAGAUUACAGAGGCUUUACGGCUACAGAUGGAGGUCCAGAAGCAGCUACAUGAACAGCUUGAGAUUCAAAGGAAUCUUCAACUGCGGAUUGAAGAACAAGGAAAAUACCUUAAGAAAAUAUUUGAGGAACAAGAAAAAGCAGGUAAAUUAAUUAUGACUCAUGGACCAUUAGCAGGUGGUUGCACUGAUCCAGCCCCUGAGGGGGACCCAACAAAGUCUUCCGAGGUAGAUUUUAAUGCAGGAUGUUCAGAGCCAAAUUUAAGCACAUCAGAGAAAGAUAAUGAAGAGUUUCAAAAACUGCCUGUUUCUAAGAGAAAUAGUGCAGAUAGACAGCAAUUGAUAGCAGAGCUUAGAAGUUCAAAAUUUACUGAUGGCUCUGAUAAGAUAUAUCACAAGUCCGCUCUGGAUUCAGAAUUUAUGCCAGAAUUGCCAGCUUCAAAGCGAAUUCGACCAGAUAGUAACAUGCAAAAUUUGGAUCUGCAGUGAGCAGCCCUUGUAAAUCACUAUAUGCAUCAUCUUAAGACCCCUUAGGUACACGCUUUAGUUGUAGAUUUAUAGUCUCUCAAUGAGAGUAAAAAGUAUUGCAAGGUAGAACUAUCAUGUUAGGUUUUGAUGAAGGUUAGAUUGCAACAGUCCUGCUUAUAACUCUCAUGAAUAUUACUCUUGGAUAGAGAACCAACUGUGAAAAUUGUAUGGUGCUUUAAUGAGCGACUAUUUCCAAGUGCAUAUAAUUUUAGAUUUAUUCAGUGGUCCAUUGGUUUAUUCGAAUUAUUGGGGCUGUAUGAUUACAGGAAAUUUAAUUCAAAUGGUUGAAGGCCAGUAUUACGAUGGCUUAUACAGGCCAUCAGAGGUAGUUUAUUAA